UAGGAAAGUUAUCCUGAGAAUAUUGUUGAUUUGUACUCGUGACAUGUGCAAUGACAAUAAAGUCGAAUUCUAAUCUUUUCCGUCUCUUAAGUAGACAUACUGCUGUUGUGGGAUUCAAUGACUGUGCAUGAAGUUCAGGACAGAAUGCAGGAGGUGCUCCAAAAAGUCUGGAUUCGUGACAUUUAUUGCUAUAUGCAAUGAAAAAUAGUGAUGUAUAAAUCCAAUGUCACCAAAACCAUAACUUUGAAGAGGUGGUAUUGUGGGUGUCUGCUUCUCAUGAAGCUCAUUGCAAUAGUUCAGAGGUAUAUGAAACUUCACCCCUUGCUGCAGUUGAUAUGCAUUAUCAGGUGAUUUUCAAACAAAUGGUUUGAUGGGUCCUCAUAAUAACUCAGACACAAAGGCUGACGUCGUAAUAAGUCCUUCACUUUGUUCCGGCCCAUUUUUGUUUGUUGUCAUGUAGUUGUGUGAUUUGUACAAGUGGAUGACUUUGCAUCAAUACGUAAUACAUUACUUACAGGAAAUACAAUAGAAUUUCUCAUUGAUACUGUGCAUCAAAAGCAGGAAAAUACAUCCGACCUGAGCAGUCACACAGUAACACAAAACAUCUAUUUCAAACCAAAUCACUCUUACAAACUAGUGAUAAGUCCUUAAAGGGCUUUCUUUCACUGUGAAGAAAAUCAAAUAUCCUUUUUUUUUGUAUUGCAAUGCACUGUCAUUUUGCUCACUCCUUUUCCUGUGCAGCAAAGUCUCAUUGGCAGCUAGAUGAGCUGUGAGGGAGGAGAUAUAUUACAAGGUGAAUAGAUAAAGCUCCGAACAGUUAGAGCUCAACUCAGACUCAACUCAGACUGAGACUCCUGCAAAAUGGAUAUUGAUUCAGUUGUGAAGCAUGUCCAAACAUUCUCACUGGUCGUCUACUGCCUGAUUAUUCUGGUGGGGACGGUGGGUAAUGGUCUGGUAAUCUAUGUGACCGGCUUCAAGAUGAAGAAAACAGUCAACACUGUGUGGUUUCUCAACUUGGCUCUGGCCGACUUCCUCUUUACAGCGUUCCUGGUGUUUUCAGCAGUCUCUCUCUCUCAGCAGCACCACUGGCCCUUUGGAGAAUUUAUGUGCAAACUCAACAACUUUGUGAGCUUGGUCAACAUGUUUGCCAGCGUCUUUUUUCUGGCAGUCAUCAGUUUGGAUCGUUGCUUGUCCAUCUGGGUGGUGGUGUGGGCACAAAACAAGCGCACCGUCCUUAAGGCUCAAAUUAUCAGCGCGGCAAUCUGGUUGGCUGCAGGGAUUUGCAGCACACCUUACGCCUUUUUUCGCAUUACGUUAGUCCAUGGUAAUAAGACAUACUGCACUUAUCCUCACGAAGAAGAAAAAAAACGGAUUCUGAAUAUUUUCCGUUUCCUUAUGGGUUUUCUCAUUCCAUUCCUGGUAAUACUUUUCACCUCUGUUGCUAUAAUCAUCCGUUCCAAUCAUCUGCAGCGGGCAAGAAAACGGAGAUUUCAUCGCAUCCUUUUCUCUAUUAUUUUUGCAUUCUUCAUCUGCUGGUUGCCCUUUCAUGUUUUGAAUUUUAUAGAAGUCAAUGACCAGCAUCUCUACAACAUUGUUUUAAUUGGAAGUACUCUAAGUGUCAGUCUUGCCUUCAUGAACAGCUGCCUGAAUCCCAUCCUCUAUGUUUUCAUGUGUAACGAGUUCCAGCAGAAGCUCAAAAAGUCCCUGUGUUUUGUCCUAGAAAGCGCUCUGGCAGAGGACCAUUUGUCUUUUGCAUCAUCUCGCUCAUUGUCAUCUCACUUCUCACGGAUUUCUCGAAAGUCGGAUUCUGCAGCCCCAGAACAUAAGCACGUGGAUACGUUGAUUUUCAGAGAGUAGAGUGGCCUAGAGUAAAGGAAAGGCAAUGAAACAAAAUCAAAUGUUCAAACUCUCGUUGAAAUGGCAAGAAAAAUAAAACAUGUCCAAGAUAUUGCUUGACAUACAUUUGUGGAUUGAUAGAGACAAUGACGUGCACCUGUGGAGUGAAAUAAGAAGAAUAUUUGCUGUUUUAUUUUUCUUUAAAUGAUUUGUCUUUAUUUUUUUAAACAAUUCCAAUCACCAAUCCUUAUACCAGGGGUGCCCAAAGUCGGUCCUCGAGGGCCGGCAUCCUGCAUGUUUCAGUUCUCUCCCUGGU